UUGAAUGAGUCACUGGGGCACGCCACUUGAUCUGCCAUAAAAAUACUGCACUUCUUGCGCUUCUUAAGUACUCUCUUUACUUAUUUAUUCCUUGAAACAGACUCUUUGUUUAUUUUUACCACUCACAUAUUACACCUGUCAGUAUAUCUUAGUUUUGAAGCUGUAAUCUAAGAAUCACCAAUAUCUCUGCCAUUGCAGAGGCAAAUCACCUCCAUGUAACAUCUCCCAAUGUAAUACACACAUUUCCUUAUUACUGACUCCCUUCCAUACAGACAGCAAGACACAAUGACUUUAAAAUUCAAAUUUACCUUUAGGCUGUUUCUUGAUUUCUACAGUCAGUGGUAAAGCUGCGUCGGUCUUUCACUCGGCACAAUAAAGGACAAACCGCCUGUAUCAACAUGGACUUCAGGGUGAAAACUCUUCCACGAGCGUCCUCCGGUUUGCUUGUUCAGAAAAGCUGAAAGACUCGUGCAGUCCAUCCAGGAGACACUAAAUUGUCGUGGAAAUUCGACAACACUUGCAGACUCGUCCUCUGAAGAAGAUCUGCAUACAACUCCAGCAGCUCCUAAACAUCAUGAUCUCUCUCGGCUAUAUUUGCAUCAUCUGGUUCGCCUGUGUAGGCUUCCCCAGAGCAGACUCUCUGAUCAUAUCAGCUCGAGUGGGUUCCACAGUUAUCCUGCCGUGCGAGUGGAGAAAUGUCUCCGUCCAAACACCGCAUGUCCAGUGGAGCACAGUGUCUGAGACUGUGUUUGAGAGAAAAGGUGCUGAGCUGUAUGAGGGGGAGGGAUAUAAGAACCGUGUGGACGUUCCUCAAGACAAGCUGCUUAAAGGAAACUGUUCCCUGGUGUUGAAGAGCGUCACACUCGCUGAUGCAGGCAUCUACGAAAGCUUCCUGUCUGUGACGCGCAUAAAGAGAGUCAGCUCUACAAAAUGGAUUUUAGUCCAGCGUGUCGAGCUCUCAGUCGAUGAGACUCUUCAGCAUGUUUCAAUCGCCAGAGAAACACCUGAAGGACACGUUCAUGAAAGGUUAACUGCUGCUGCAGGAGUGAACCGUUCUCAUCUACAGAUCAUCCUGCUUCUUACAUGUUUAUGUGUACUUCACUUCUGAGUGGAAACGUCAGUUAGAUUUUACAAUUUAGUAAAGUUGCUGAUAAAAUGCCCUAAAUAUUUAAGAUAAAUAUUUAAAUAUUUAAGAUAAAUAUUUAUAUUAAUAAUCAGUGUCAUGCUAUUAUAGAAAAACCAUCCAUACUGUCAAACAUGUCCCUAUAACAGCAUGUGAUGGUUUUAUUCCUCUUAGAACACAAUAUUUUAUUAUUUUAUAUUUACUUGCUGUCAUUUUUAACUUAUCAGAGAAUGACAUGUCCUACAUUUUAUACUUUUAAAGUUAUAUAUAAUGUUUAACAUUCAUGCAACAAGUUGUUCGAGUUCCUUAAAGACACUACAGCUUUACCUCUGUUACAAAGCACUGACACUAAAUACUCCUUCCAUAAUAAAGUGACUGAACUGUUGCUAUAGAAACAAUGUAAGCACAUUAAUACUCUGAAUUCAGAAUUCAGCAGAAGCGUGUGUGUAUGUCUUUAAAUACCUAGUGUGAUGUUACUGUGUUCAUCUAAAGAAAAAAGGCAUUGAAAAAAGAAAACAAAACAUCAGUCUAUAAACUACAGCAGAUGAAAUGUCCUAACUUACAUUAGUUAAGUUAGUUAAGUGUUGUAUUUAUUUACCUUUUUAAUUGCUAAAGCGCGAGUGUGAUGUGACACAUCCUGCUGUCUGGAGAGUGAUCGGUGUUUAGUGCUGUUUAGUGUAACUGUUCAGGUUCAUAAACUCUCUGCUGCUAAACUGUCUAUAAAAUUAUAAAAAUAUAUUCUCUUCCUCUCAUUUUUUCUAUGUACUUAUUUCUUUCUUUUUGGUCUUCUAUAGCAUUUCUUCUAGUCAUUCUUCACGCUUCCCAGGAGGUUUGCACAUAUCCCACAUCAUGAGACUCUGGAAUAUUAUAAAUAUGACUUCUAAACAAAAUCCCAUGAAUUCAAAGGAGUCAGUGAUUUUUAUUUGGAUUUUAAGACUUUUUUAAAAAAACAAAUGAAGUUAUGGGAUGAUAAUGAAAUACUUCGUUCACAAUUGUUACGAUAUGUACAGUAGCUUCCCAUGCUCAAGCAAG